GGCUUAUAGGUGCUAGAACUGCAAAGGGUGCUACACCGUGAUCUGUCGCCCUCGCAAGAGUCCUGCCAUUCCGUCACAGAGGGCGCGGAAGGCAACAACAAAGUGACCGAGAAGUUCAAACGACCGUUCAAAAAGAGGCAUUCCAGCGUUUACCAUCAGCCCUCCAAUCGGGUGAACAAGUAUCUGGCUCAAGCGAUAGAGGCAAGGAGCGUCGACAGAGAAAAAUCCACACACGUCAACUUGUUUACACUGUGCUUCAAGGACAGACACAAGGAGAACCAGUACCACGACGAUGUGGACGUGGGCUACAGCUCGACCCUUGCUUGUGCCUUGGUUCUGUUGGUCCUCCUGGGAGCCCUCCAGGCCGCAGUCCUUCCGCGCACGAUCAUCCUGCUUCUGCUGUUUCUGGUCGCCUUCGUCUGGAUCGCUGUAGUGCUGAUGCUCCUGUUAGCAGUGCGGCUCAGGUGGAUCCUGUGGGACGUUUCGCAGAGCUUCGUUCUCAGGCUGGCCAUCACUAUGUUCACUAUUGUUUUGGUGUACACGGUGGCACAGGUUAAUGUAUUCACCUGUCUCCCAGACAGCACUUGCCUGCCUCUGUCCACCGCGAACGUGACUUUGGAUGAGAGCGACCAUCGUGCCUGCCCAUUGCCACAGUACAUUGUGUUAUCCUGUGCAUUGGGUUACCUUGCCGUCGCCAUUUUUCUGCGACUGCCCAUCUUGCUGAAAGCAUCGUUGCUAGUCAUCAUGUCCACGGUGUACGUACUGCUGAUCGAGCUGUCGCACAUUGAGCUGUUUACCUGCUAUGAUAGCAGGGUGAGAUCUGUAAUUCCUCUCCACGUCCUAAGCGUCGUGGAAGUCCUCAUGUUCGUGCUGGCCGUCCUACUGCACGGCAGGCAAGUAGAGUGGACUGCUCGACUGGAUUUCCUGUGGCAGAUCCAGGCGAAUGAAGAAAAGCGUGAAAUGGACGCGUUGCAGCACUCUAAUAAGCGCAUCCUCUUCAACCUCCUACCUGCACACGUCGCCACGCACUUCUUGGACAAUCAGUUCAGGAAUAAUAUGGAACUCUACCAUCAGAGCUACUCUCGAGUGGGGGUAGUGUUUGCCUCCAUUACCAACUAUCAUGAGUUUUACACGGAGUUAGAUGGUAAUAAUCAAGGUGUUGAAUGUCUCCGACUGCUUAACGAAAUCAUAGCCGAUUUCGAUGAUUUGCUGUCAGAGGAGAAGUUUAAGGCAAUAGAUAAAAUCAAGACUGUCGGUUCCACGUACAUGGCUGCGGUAGGUCUAAUGCCUGACUAUCGAAUAUUGGAUGACGAUGAAACGACAGCAGGCGUACACCUUAGCACAUUGGUCGAGUUCGUGUUCUCCAUGCGGGAGAGAUUACUUAAUAUUAAUGAAAAUUCUUACAAUAAUUUCAUGUUAAGAGUAGGUAUAAAUGUUGGACCAGUUGUAGCUGGUGUAAUAGGUGCUAGAAAACCUCAGUACGAUAUCUGGGGAAAUACAGUUAAUGUAGCAAGUCGUAUGGAUUCAACUGGCUUACCAAAUCAUACACAGGUCACCGAGGAAGUAUAUCAGGUGCUGAAAAACUACCCAUACGAGUUCCAAUGCCGCGGCAAGGUGAAAGUGAAGGGCAAAGGCGACAUGACGACGUAUUUUCUCAUCGAUAGAAAACAGCCUGGCACUUUGAGAGUGGAAGAGUUGAACAACAUCAGGUCGAACGCGAAUAACGUGAACAAUCUGAACUCGCUGUACGGCGGCGUAGCGACACCCUUGGCCCUGCUCCACCAACAGCAUGACCAGAUGCCGCCUUCGCAUCCUCAAAUAGGCGGAGCACCUCGACCGCCUCGCCCACCCAGAGACGACCUAUACGGCGGAGGAGCGGCCGCAUCACGCACCAAUCGGCUGCCGCCCCUACGUGAGGCAGUCCACCACAUGAGCGGCAACGGUGCGUGCGAGAGCGAGCCGUUAUUAGGCGGCCAGGCGUGCAAACGCAACGGCAAGAAGGCAUCGUCGGUGGAGCGAGAACAAGAGUUGAUGCAACAACAGCAACCACCGCCUUCACAGCAGUUCUUCCAUCAACAGGCACCAGUCGUACCGCCACAUAAAGGCGGGUGCAUCAGGCAGGCUUCGCCCGAAACAAAAUACCAUCCUCCCUGGCCGAGAACUCAAAAUCCCUACUGCGGCUUCAGUCCUCAACCAGUCGAUAGCAUAAAACCGUACCUCAAGCCCUUACCGAAACCACCUGGCAAGGAAUCACCAAACAGACAUCACAGGAAACACCACAUAGCCCCUAUUCCGCCUCCUCACCAAUCCAAGUCCCAAGUGCAACAGUUCCAACAGCAAGCGCCAUCUUCCGUCAUCGUCGCUCAUCAUCAGCUACAGCAGCAAACAGCACAACAUCCGGCAGCAGCACCACCACCAGAACGUACCCCUGAGUUCCUUCGUCACAAAAUUCAGACCCGGCAUAAUCCACUCGCGCAGAACAGGCACAGUCCGUUGCACGCCAGACACAGUCCCCAUCAUAACAGGCACAGUCCGCUACAACGUCACUACUCAGACGAGAGUAUAGGCGGUGUUUAUACGUCCGGUAUGCCUCAGCGUAUCCACUCAUCUGCCGACGAGAUCAGUUCUCUGAAUCACUCGCCAAGCAUAAGCAGUUCGGACGAGAGUUACAGCAGAACGACGGAUGCAGACGCUUCACCUUGCGUAUCGCCACCAUUACCUACUGACACGCAACAGUUUUUAUUCCCCUCUGACAUACAGGUUAACCCUUUAUCGUCACCUGAAGUCUCGCCCCGCGCGUCGUUGGACUACAUCCCCCCCAACUGUUCGCUGCGAACUUCCGCCGCAGCACAGGCGAAACGUAGCAUCCUACCACCAAGUGUAGUCCUCGCACUUGCAGCAUCUUGUAACACGGCUGACUCUUCGAUAGUCACUAGUCCCCCAGCUUUGGACGGGGAAGACAGCUGUCGGGGAGAAAGCUGUGCCAGCUUCGAGUUCCUUGGAAGACAAGGUCCUGGUGGGAAACCGCUGAUGAAAAGCACCAGUAGUAACGGAACUGGCGGUCAUUCGAACGGGCCGGGAAAACACGGCAAUUAUAUUUUCAGGCAAAAAAGCCUGGACAGCAAACACCGCACCCGUAACGAUAGCGAUUCGAUACUGGAGUGCAACAAAAUGGCGACGAACUGCAAGCGAUCUCCCAGCUUCAAGGAGGCGGACGAGAUCAGGCAGUUGCUAAGGGGGGAGGAGGAUAAUAAGACUGUUAGCGGUAGCGAAAAAGGUUCCAAGAAAGACGGAUACUGUCAGACUGAUAAAAAGGACCUCAGAAAGCAUAGGGUGUCGCCGUCAGGAAAUAGGGAUAAGAUCUCUCCAAAUUCCAAAGUUAACAACCUGGAUCACCUGGAGAAUGCUAUUGGUCCAUUUGAGAGGGAGAUUCAUAAAUUACUCGAAGAACAAAAUCUUCUGCAGAAUAUCCCUCCCAAGCUGGAAAUCAACCACCAGAACAAAGAGAUUGCUUUGGAACCUCUAGUCCGGUACGUGCCAAACAAUAACAACCACCAGGUGGGUCUCGCGGCGAUCCAGGCGCUGGCUUUGGGCUUCCGAGCGAACAACGUUAAUAACCUGCACCCUCACCACCAUCACCAGAGCUUGUCCCCGUCGCCACAAAGAGCAAGCAGCAAAGAGGGUUCGCUGAAAAGGGGCGCUUCCUCGCCGCCAGAUGGCGCGCAACGCGCUGAUGAGGUGGCGCAUAAACUGCCUAAAGUGUCACCUCUUGACAGAGGCUCAAGACCUACGGAUGAAGAUAAUGACUGUGAUAUGCCCGAAGUAGGCCAACAUGCUGAUGACACGGAUGACCUUGAGAGCUUUGAAAAGGAUGAGCAAAGGAUGGAGGAAGAAGCUGCUCAGGAGGCGGAAGUGAAACGGCUACUGGAAGAGAAGAUUCAGGAGAAACUGAAGAACCUGGAGAACCUCGGCGCAGACCACCUAGGUGGUACCUGCUGUACAGGUGGUGAGGGUGGGAGUGCGAGCGAAUGGUCGGAAGAUGAAGAUGGAGGUGCUUCGGAACCGCUGCUGAACGAUAGGGAGUCUACAGGGUACACGACGGAUGAUCCGGCGUUAGAGAAUAUCUCCAUGUUGAAUGAGACAGGGUUAACGGACGCUGAAGGGGCUUUGAGCGACGUCAACUCGGCGUAUAACGAUCACAAUCUGCAAGACGGCGAUAUGGACGACAACACGUCGAUGUCUUCUCGGGCGUCGUCGCGUAUCUUCGACUCGGAUGCUAUGAUGUCAUUGGACUCGCUCAGCGCUCUCUAUGAUUCCGAGUACGACAACUGUUACAGGACGGAUGACGACAUCAACGCCGUUGCCGACCUGGACAGAAUAAACUACUUCCAAGUGCCGGCGGCAGCGAACGAAGUCCACCUAGCGAACAUCCGGUCGAUGAGCGAGAGCAUUACCAGGAACUUCGGACAGCCACAGGCGGCGCAUAGUGAGACUGAUCCUGACAGCGACGUCUAGGAAUAUGGGGAACUUUUCGUUUGUUGAGUACUUACUCAAGACAAGUAACCUGGAUCUACUUGCAUUGGAGUCAACAUAGUCACAAUCUGUGCAUAGGAAAACUGAUCGUGACAGCUAAAUGUAGAAGGAAAAAGGUUGUCUUUAACAUGAGCGAGACUGAAUAAUCUGGACUUGAACUGACUGUAUGAUACGGAGGAAUUGAGGUGCUGUGUGGUGCGGCCGAUGCGACCUACUAUGCAGGGCGGUACGUAAUGACGGGCCGUAAUUACAAGAGUGCAAUCGUCUUGAAGUAGAAAAGUUCAUAUAAGCAUGUGCCCUAAAAAAGUCUGGUUUCUAGAAACAGAACAGAAAGUUUCAAAAAACGGUAUUUUAUUCAUCAAAGAUCCUUGUGCCAAUUAUACUGUACUUUCGAUUGUUCACUGCAAUAAGACGUAACGGUAGCACUAACUAAAAGAAUUAUAAAUUCCAGUGGCGUCUCGGUGGCAAUCUCACGAACAAUAUUGACAAAAAAAAUUGAACAUUGACUUUUGAAAUUAAUAUUUUUUUUUCGGAUUAAGCAGCUGAUUGUACAUCUUUUUUGUAUCUUGGUAUCACUUCAUAUCCAACUCCUCCAAACUCGAUCGGUGACAAGGAAUGUUGUUUUGGUAUUAUGAACAUAUUUUUGACUUUCCGAGAAAAUUCGCUAUCAUUUUUUCUGUCAAACCGUAUUUUUUUAUUCUUUGACAGCUUGUAGGUAAACAUGCGGCAAAAAUUUAAAGCAUUAUUCCACUGCCUAUUAUAAGAAUAUUUUGUCACAAGAUGAUUUCUGAAAAAACCCUUUGUUUCGAAGAUACAGGGCGAACAAAAUUUGCGACAGUAACAACAUUUUAUGAUCAAAAAGUACAUGUAAAGUUGCUCAAUCUACAACAAAUUAAUGUUUGAAAUGAUUUCCUCCAACCUGCAAACAAGCAUUCAAUCUUUUCUUCAUUGAGUGUCGAACCCUUUCAAACACACCAGGGUUGUUUCUAAUUGAGUUACACCCAGCAAUUAUCCGAUGUCGCAAUUCAUCCAAAUUCUCCACUGGAGUAGCGUAAACUAAUGACUUCAGAGUCUGGAGAUUGAGUAGACCAUGCGUGUGGUCCACCUCGAUCAAUCCAGAGAUCUCCGUAUAUUGCUAUUAAAAAAUCACGAGCAAACAAACUGAACUAUGGUGGUGCACCAUCGUGCAUAGACCACAUGGCAAUUCUUAUCGCCAAUGGUAGCAUAAUCAGCAGGUAGUAGUGCUUGGACACGUUGAAUGUGGUAUGGAUACAAAAAAAUGGGCUGAAGAAUUUUCCAAACUAUCCAUUGACAUUCAAAGUAUUGGCAAUUUGUCGCGAAGAAGUACUUGGAUCUUUCUCUAAAAUGUGCAGCACACAUUAUCUUCCAGUUGGACCGUCCUUACUGUCGUGAAUCUUCCUGACCCACCAUUUCGUUUUAACGUGCCUGUUUGACGAAGAUGUCGAUGAUCGAAGAUUUUUCGGCCAGGAAACCGUUCAAUCUACAAUCGUCUAGCUUCCAAUAAAUUGCCAUUAGCAAGUCCAUACCUGAAAUAUCAGUCAUCUCGGCGUAUGGCAGAGGGCUUCGCUAACUAUUAAAGGCAUGUCAAACAGGAAAACGCCACUCAAAGUACGAGAAGUAUUUAAAUGAAAUCCACUACGUUAGUAGAUGAACCAACGAUUCCAAGCUAUCGUCAACAAUUUUUUGUACUUACUGAAUUCAUUGGCGUACGACAUACUUUUAUUUACAUUAAUGAUUUCAACAAAUAUCGAAUAUUUUGUUCACCCUGUAUCUUCGAAACAAAGGGGUUUUUCAGAAAUCACUAUAGGACAAAAUAUUCUUAUAAUAGGCCGAGGAAUAACUCCUUGAGUUUUUACUGCAUAUUUACAUAACACCUAUAGAGAGUUUCUUGAUAGGAGUCUAACAUUUGACUCGAAAAUUUCUGAGGUUCUUUCAAGUCAAAAAGGUCAUAUACACAUAGAUCCGCAAGGCUCACUUUCGACAUACAAGGUGUUGUAAAUUUCUAUGCAUACGACUGAACAAGGAAUAUGAAUAAUGGUCAAGUAAUGCUAUGGUGAGAUAGCAUUACUCUCCUAUUAAACUAUAUACAAUUUCCAAUGCCAAACUUCAGCAUUUUUCCAAAGUUAAUUUCAAUAUGGGUUUCACCUCAAACAUUCAAACCAAUGUUUGUACUCUCUUUUUGUAGAAAGACAACAAAGGUGAUGAAUGUAAAAAUGAAUAAUAUCUUAUUCAAAAAUGCAAUAGUUGCAAGAAAGUCAGUCGCGUAGAAAACAUUUUUUUUCUUCCUUACUGGUGAUACUUCCCAGCUGCUACUCGACUGGUGUAGUCUCAGGCAGGAAAAUUUCUGUAUGUAUUGAUUAUGCUAUUCGUAUUACCCGUAUGUUUUAAACCAGUAGCUUAAUAUAUUCUGAAGAAAUAUUUGUUUUAAUUUCGAGAUUAUAACUUCUAAAGCUUGUAUCUCGAAGAAGAAAACCUUGUGGAUUCAUGUUUAUAUGAGCUUCUUUUUGUCUUAAAAAAUACCUAAGAAAUCUUCCUGUGAUAUAUUCGACACUUAUUAAGAAAUACACUGUAUAGGACCUUGAUCUGAACAAAUAUUCAUGUGUUAUAUCGCGAGAUAGACUAAGACUUCAAAUGAUAUUUUACAGUAUUGAUUGGAUUCAAAAACUUAGCCUUGCAAAGAACACAUAUUUCAGAUAUUUUAAUCAUGUCUUGUUUUUGGUCAAAAUGAUCAAAGGAAGCGGUUUCCCAGCGCACUUUAUUGGGUUGUCGAGGUGCGGGCACGGUGAGCACCAUAUUUGGGUACUGUGCUAUUUGAGAUUAACGUCAUUCUUACAUGCUCAGCUUGCCUUGAUCUUUCUCGUACCAGUUUUAUUGGCACGUUCAGAUGUAGAAUGUACAUCGAGCCUUAAGGAGAAUUUCUCAGGGUAAUUUCACAAACUUAGCAUUGCUGGUAUCCGCAAUUCUCUGAGGGGGCGCUAUAAUAGCGACCUAGCAAAUACACUAAAAUAAGAUAUAGAACAAUAGAUGUCGAUUGGGAUCCAAGAAAAUUUUUACCACCAAAUAACUUUAGCAUUAAGGUAAACAUUAUGCAACUUAGUAGUUUGAAAUUUAGUCUUUGUUGGCAUAAACUUCCAUAAAGUAAACUGUAUACCCUGAAUUCUUCUUAAUGCCUUAUAUGGAUGAGAAUGCAUAUGGGAUUGGGCCUGUCAUGUAUUUGUGACGUGUUGUUGCUGUUUGUAACAUCUACAUAUUCACAUAAAGUUUUUAAGUUAGCACAGUGAUUAAGGCUACGGUCACUAUGGAUGCGAAUUCUAACGAAAUUGGAAAAUAGGCGAAGUUGACGAAUAUGUUACGUUAUUAUUGAUAAUUUUUGUCUCACACAUGUCAUACCCACAGUAAACUGUUCUGGUACACAAUAAUUAUUUGUCAUUGUCCAUAGCGAAUUGACCAAGUAAGUACGCGAAAAAGACGCAGGUAAUACGAAAAAAUAAAAAUGGUUCUGACGAAGGUGUGCAUACUCUGACGUGGCUGGUCGCUCUCAGUGUAAGCACGCUCAUUGGAAAACAGGUGUUUGUUUUUAUUUGGACCAAUUACUCAGAACUCGUCAUAACAAAAUUUCGCCAGAAUUCGCAUUCAUAGUAACCAUAGCCUUCCUUAAUGUAAUAUUGAAGACAUGGUAAACUUUUCAUGUUGUGGUGAGAUUUUCGAUGCGAUGAAACGUUUAAAAUUCAUAUAAAAACUUGAUGGAAAACAUAUAAUCUGAGACAAAAUAGCAUGUUUCAGGAAUAAUAAAACUAUAUCGUUUUUGACAUUGCAAUUUGAAAUACAUUGACCGAUCCGAAAAAAUAUCACCAUAUGCAGAGUAUUUUUGGUUUUCAGACUAUGGCAAUUACAUGACAGAUUUGCUAGCUGAACAAGGUUGAAGGUAUACCUGGAUUAAUUAAAAGUAAAAUGUAUAUUACACUAGUUUUUCAAAGUGUGGUAUGGUUGUUUAGAGAUAAUAGGUUCUGUGAAUCUCACCUAUCUUUAUUAAGGUCUGUGCACUUGCAAAUUUAAAUGAGUUGUUCACUGUCGAUAUGUAUGGUGAUAUUCUUCCGCCAAGAAAAUAUGUAUAUUAUAAAACGUGAAUGUGCCUGAUCGGCUAGACUUUUCAUUGUUUGGUGGUUUAAAAUAUAUAAGAAGUUUUAUAAGAAACUUUGGUGCUUAUGGCAUUAAAAGGGGCUGAAUGAUGUGAUUUUUACAUACUAUUUAGGGUGUCUCUCUGACUUGAUAUAAAAGUUCUCACAAUUUUUUUUGUAGUUGGUUAGGAACCAAAGAUACUGUUAUGUCUAGAUACUGUUUGUUAGUAUAUAAUUUGUUAUUUAUAUUGACUCGCUUUUUUACAUUGUAUUCAUGAAUGAUGUGCUAGGAAUUGUCAUGCAGGGUAGCUCUAAUAUUUGUAAAGAUAUAGGGCAUUACAUUUCUAACGUGAACAAAUAUUUUGUUUUUCCAUGGUGAUUGUAAAUUGUAAUUUAAUCUUAAUGUAGACUGAUUUUUGAUAGAUCGCAUCUACAAUCUUUGGUUGAUGUAUGUUUUAGAAAACAAUUUAGUUGUAGCAAAAGUUAAUUUUUAAUAAACUAUCAUGGAUCAAAAUUAAAUUAGCGACAAUAUCGAUGUUUUUCUCGUUAUUUGUGCAAUACAUUUGGUUUCAAGUUGAACAUAUCCAAAUUGGAGUUUUUUAUACUUCUAAAUUUUAGCUACCCUGUAUGACUUAAUAUUAUGACGGAUAAUAGGUAUGUUGUAUUGUGGAAAAUAUAUUAGUUAUAGUACAAAACAUGCAGUUCGUUUUUAAAAUAAGUUGUGCUAACAGUAUUCUCGAGUCUUUUACAAUAUGUACGUUUAGUUAGUUUUUACUUUUGUUACCACAGAUGCAAUAUUUUUCUUGUAUAUGUUGUAAUUUUUUCUUUGUUCGCAACUGUGAAUUGCAGUAUAUUUUUGUACUUAAAUUUCUCUAUCUUUCAGCUUUUAAGUAAUUAGAUUUGAAACAAAGACUAAUCGGCAAUACUUUUUGUACAAGCCAGUUGUGGCAACAACAUUGAAACAACCCUUUGUUCACUGAGUUGGGAAUAUGCAUGUGAUUCAAAUAUUGGUUAUUUAUUUUCAUUUACAGUCUAUACUGCUACAGAAAUCUACCUGGAACCUUAUUUUAUACUUAUGAGCUAUAAAAUUACGUGUAUUACUAAAAAAAUUUAAAAAUACACGGCAAAUUUAAAUUGUCGAAAAGCAACUAUAUUGGCGUAGUAUCACGAUAUCGGCAAAUGAGCAGCCGGUCCUAUGUUGCUGUCAUUGAUUAUCAACCCAUGCGAAGCGCGUGAAAAAUAGAACCUUACAAAACUUGGCCGGAAAUUAACCAAACAUAGAAUAAAAUGAUAAACCAUGAGUUGUGACGUCAAUGUAAAGUGCGCGAAAAAUUUGUCGAUUUAAAAAUCGCAAUGACAGUUUCAAAUAUUGAAUUAAAAAAAUAAAGACAUUUUCAUCAAUGAAAUAUGUGUUUAUUACGGUAUUGUAUUAACGUAAAUAAUCGUAACAGAAAUUAAAUAAAAUAUGCAUAUUCCAUAUUCCCUAAAAAUGCUUGUACAACAUGUUUUCCAUGGGUGUCUUAUUUAACAGUUACUUCAAAGACGUUUCUAUAAUUCUUAAAGUAACUUGAAGAUAUCAUCUUUUCAGUUCCAACAUACUCGCUUUGAUACUCUCGGAAUAGUCUCAAUACCAAUUGUUACUAACGGCUGUCGAAAAAUGAACAACCCUGUAAGCUACCCAAUUUGUGUGACAAAUGGAGAUUUUUAAAACUGUAAUUGCUGUUUCAACCAUUCAUUUAGUUUAAGCAAUUUUUGAAAAUUGUGUAUUACAAAAUUUAUGAAUAUUGGUAGCAAAAAAAACCUGAGAAAUUACUAUACCCCAUUCGUAGUCCAUUUACGCCUAGACAAAACACAACAUGCCCAAAAGCGAGAUUGUACAGAUCCGUAUUUUCCUCAAUGGUUUAAGAUAGUAUGACUUCCGAGAGCUGAGUGAAAUUGUCUUAUAAGAGAAAAUUAUCGAUAUUAUAUAUUUUCUGUGAUCACCUUUUACAUAAUAUAAGCACUCAAACAAUACUGGUGUAAAUACAAAAAUUUCUAUUUUCUUUAAGCGUUCUAAUAACCUCAAUGUUGAUAUUUAUAUUUCAUAUAUAUAUUUUUUCUGUAACUUUUUUUUGCUGUACACCAUUUUAUCCGGUUUGUAAUUUGUAAAAAUAAUCUAUACUGUAUGUUAAUAGAAAUGUUUUAAUAAUUUAUUGAAUG